AUGAGGCACAGAGUAAGUCUUUAUAGAGCACAAUCUAGAAAAGAUAAACCCAGCCGACAACAUGGGUUGACUUCACAGAAGAAGCAGGAAAUUAGGGAAUCAUUUGAACUAUUUGAUACUGAUGGCUCAGAUGUUGACAAAGAUGGUAGUGUUGCGAUUGAUUAUGAUGAAUUUGAGCAUAUGAUGACAGCCAACAUUGGAGAAAGGGACACAAAGGAAGAGAUUUCAAAAGCAUUCCGUAUCAUUGACCACGACAACAAUGCCGUUAAAAGCAAAUGUGUAGACUCCAAGCCUUUUGGUGUCAGUUUAGUUUUGGGAGCCCUCAUGUUGGUGAUUUCUUUUGGUGUAGCUUUCUGUACUAAGAAAUGCAAUAAGAGGUUCGCAAACGUUGGCAUACUGGAUAGGUGCUUGAAGUACUGUGGAAUAUGUUGUGAACAGUGCAAGUGUGUGCCUUCUGGAACCUAUGGGAACAAGCACGAAUGCCUUUGUUACAGGGACAGGAAGAAGUGCAAGGGCAAGCCCAAAUGUCCUUAA